AUGGCCGCCACGCCGAUGCGAAAGUUGCGCCUGCUCCCGGCAAUGCUCGCCCUUGCGGCUGUGGUCGCCCCGUGCUUCGUGGCUGGUCCGGGCAAGAAAACCGAGGUUUCGGUAGCCCCGGCGGCCGGAAUGGGCAUGGCUCUCCUUGCGAACAUCGAGGCGGCUUCUGCCGCGCUGCCACCGCUGGAGGAUGUGCCACUCGAGGAAAUCGGCCAGACAAGGCAGGGGAUGUUGGACAAGGAGUCCGACACCUUCAUGGGCAUCAGCUUUCCCAUUUGGCUUUUCGUGAUCGGCGGCGCCGUGCUCUGGGCCCUGACCUGGAUCCUGAGCAUCAAACCCGCCAAGGAUGCCGAGGGCACUUACAGGACCUACAUCGGAGCCGGUGCACUGCCUCCGGAUGGAUUCACGAACCCGGCCGACCCCCGAGUGGUGGAAGAGUUGGCGGAUGAAGACGACGAGCUCUACAGCGACGAGCUGCGGCCGGGUGAUGCGAAGGGAAAGCGAGCCGCAAGCUCGGCCAUCGUUUGA